AGAGAGGUCGAUUUAAUAGUGGGUUUAUGAUUCGCUAAUUGACAAUAGUUUAAUUUGUGCGUGUUCUUUUCUGUUUUUUUUUUUAUUUAAAAAAACCAAAAACUAUAUAGGAUAAAGUAUUUGAAAAUUUAUAAAGAUUUUCAUUUAAUAGUUUUAAUCAAACGCUUAAAUUUAAACGAAAAAUAUAGAUCAUUUAAUUACCAACAUUGUCGCUGUUAUUCUUAACAAAAAAAGAAAGAAACAAACAAACAAAAGAGAAACAAAAAGAAUAGUGUUCAUGUUUUUUUUUGUUCAGUGAUACUUUUAUGUAAUAGUUUAUAUUACAUAUCAUAAUGAAAGUGUAAUAUUACACACGCGCGUAUUAUAAUAUUAAUAUUAAUUAUUAUUUCGGUAUAUGAAGAUUUCUUAUAUUCGUUUGAUAUGUUAUAUUGGUUGCCAAAAAAACGUUUAAUAAAAAGGACUUGUGAAAAGGAAUUCUUAAGCUUUGGUAGCUACUAACAAACAAACAAACAAACAAACAAUGCGAUCGACUUAUCUACUCUUAGCAGCGGUGAUACCAUUCAUCAUCCUUAAUAUUUGGUACACAGGAAUAUGUUUAUGGUGGAUUAUAAAAAUAUCUAUUGUAACAUAUAUCAUUUUAUUUGGUAUACUACCACUCAUAUUUCAUUACUCUUACACAGUACAAAGAAAAAUACUUUUCUUAAAUUUUGUACAUUGGCCACUUAACACAGAUUUUUCAAAGCCAGAGGAUCUUGGCUUGAAGGGAGUUAGGAAUUUUUACUUGCAUACCGAUGAACAUGUUAAAUUAGGAGUAUGGCAUAUAUUGCCACAAUCUUUAACAAAUGAUUCUUUUGUUGGAACGAACGAAGCGUUUGAAGCUUCAUUGUAUGACAGUAAUAAGCCAGUUUUUUUAUAUAUGCAUGGAAAUAGUGGAAACAGAGCAAGCAGACACAGAUUAGAACUUUAUAAACUUUUCCAACAUUUGGAUUAUCAUGUUAUAUGCUUCGAUUACAGAAGUUACGGAGAUAGCGAUGAAGCAGAUCUUUCAGAAAUAGGUAUUAUCAAUGAUACUAAAUAUAUUAUUAAAUGGGUAAUGGCUAAAGUUAAUGGUACCGCGCCUGUUUUUGUUUGGGGACAUUCUUUGGGUACUGGGGUGUCAACACAUGCAUUAGCAUUAUUAUCUGCUAUGGAUGUAACACCUACAGGUUUGAUACUCGAAUCACCUUUCAAUAAUAUCGUUGAUGAAAUAAGUGAACAUCCAUUUGCCCAGAUGUUUAAACAUUUACCAUGGUUCCAUUGGCUAAUUGUUGAGCCUUUCUAUCAUAAUGGUUUACGGUUUGAAUCGGACAAACACAUUGAAAAUGUUACUUGUCCUAUUGUGAUAUUACAUGCCGAAGAUGAUAAUGUUAUUCCAUUUUAUUUGGGUGAAAAGUUAUACAAAGCAGGAUUGAAAUAUCAUAACAAUGAUACGAAUCAAAUCAAGAUGUUUCGAAUAGAUGCAUCAUAUGGAUUUGGACAUAACUAUAUUUGUCGAUAUAAGGCAUUACCAAACAUAAUUGAGUCAUUUGUAACAAAGUUACAGACAAACAAGACUGAAGAAAAUAUUUAAUCCAUCGACAGAAUUGCUGUGCAAUAUUCCUGAUGAAUAUUUUACUUGGUAUUUUGUACAUUGAUAAAAUGAAUGCCAUAUGAUUGAUUAACAUUACAAAAAAAAGUAUUAAUAACAUUUAUGCACUAAUCGUAAGACAUUCUAUUUGCAAAAUAUUCAUUUACAAGCAUGAAUAUAAUUAUGUAAACAACAAAAACAAUUCAUUACAUCGGUUAUAAAUUUAUUACAAAAUAUUAAAACGUGCGGUUUCUAAGUAAUACGGAAAUUUAUUUUUCUAUAUGUCUCAAUGCAAAGUAGCUUUCUCGUGUUAACAUAAGUUUAGUGUACAGGCUCAACGUUAUUCAUGCAAAAAAAAAUAAGAUGAAAUCGCAAACAUAAUUAAUACUGUGAUAGUUAUAUUAUUAACUAGAAUAUAUCAUUUUAUGUAUUGUCUUUAUUUUAUUCAUCGAGCAGUAGAAUUUUUUUUUCUCUCUCUUUUGUUUUAAUAUAAUCUCAAGCAGAGUAUAAUUGAUUCCUAUAAUAUAUACUUAUAUUCAACAUGAUUAUGUACUUGUAGUUUUAUUGUAGCAAAAAAAUAUAAAUAU